AUGUCUUCCAGCCCCGAAUCGCAAUCCUCCCCAGAACCAAUCGCCAUCGUGGGCACGGGCUUCCGAUUCCCCGGCGGCGCGUCCACACCCUCCAAGCUCUGGGACCUGCUGCACUCUCCGCGGGACGUCCUGGCCCCGAUCCCGCAGUCGCGGUUCAACGCCGAGGGCUUUUACCACCAGGACGGCGAGUACGGGGGCCACAGCAACGUGCGGGACUCGUACACCAUCGCCGAGGAUGUCGCGGCCUGGGAUGCGGGCUUUUUCAACGUGGCGGCCGCGGAGGCGUCGGCCAUCGACCCGCAGCAGCGGCUCCUGACCGAGUGCGUUUACGAGGCCCUCGAGUCCGGCGGCCACAGCGUCCAGGCGCUGCGCGGGUCCGACACGGCGGUUUACGUGGGUUUGGUAAAUGAGGAGUAUAGUGAUAUUCACUACCGUGAGCUGAAUACGACGCCAAGGUAUUUUUCGACAGGCACAGGCCGGUCCAUCGCGUCCAAUCGCAUUUCGUACAUUUUUGAUUGGCGCGGCGCGAGUAUGACGAUAGAUACGGCAUGUUCUUCGUCGCUCGUUGCCAUUCACCAGGCUGUCCAGACCCUCCGCUCAGGAGCCUUCAAAGUUGCCGUCGCAGCCGGCGUUAACAUGCUACUUGGGCCCGAGCCAUACAUUGUGGAGAGCUCAUUCCACAUGCUUUCACCGACGGGACGCUGCAGGAUGUGGGAUGCGUCGGCUGACGGAUACGGACGUGGAGAUGGUGUGGCUGCUGUGAUAUUAAAGACACUCUCUCAAGCGAUUGAAGAUGGCGAUAGGAUAGAAAGCGUGAUUCGUGAAACUGGGAUCAAUCAAGACGGAGCCACGGGUGGAAUCACGGUACCCAACGCCAGCGCGCAAAUCGCUUUGAUACGGGAUACGUACAGGCGAGCUGGGCUAGACCUGGCCAAGCGUUCAGACCGGCCACAAUUUUUCGAGUGCCACGGGACCGGGACCCCGACCGGCGACCCGCUCGAGGCGCGAGCCGUGCACGAGGCGCUGGGGAAGCAUAUAGUCGUCGACGAAAGCCCCGGCCGUCCGCCGCUAUACGUCGGCUCGAUCAAAACCGUAAUAGGCCACACCGAAGCAACCGCCGGCAUAGCUGGCAUCAUCAAGGCCUCGCUGGCCCUCCAGAAUGGCCUCAUCCCGCCGAACCUGCUCUUCGAAAGGCUCAACCCCGCCAUCGAGCCGCUGUAUCACGGGCUGCAAGUGCCGGUGGGGAAGCCGGUUCCUUGGCCCGCCACGGGAGCGUCUCCCAGACGUGCCAGUGUGAACUCUUUUGGGUUUGGCGGAACGGCAAUCUGGACUAACACGCGACGCCCGAAGAAUUCACACGCCAUUCUCGAGAGUUAUCAGUUACCUCAAGCCCAAGGCACAAAAUGUGCUCAAAAAUCCGUGCCGCUGCCUUUUGUGUUUUCGGCGGCCACAAAGGCUUCACUCAAACGGAUGCUGGCCCUUUUCGGCGAUUUCCUCUCCCCACAGCAGAGACCACAGGAUCUAACCGCCCACGACCUUGCAUUUACACUCAACUCCAGACGAUCCGCCCUGUCGUGCAGAGCAGUGUUUGCAGCGCGCGGGCUCGAGGACUUGGCAAGCAAGAUUCGUGACACGAUCAGCGACCCGGAUUGGCAACCGACGGCCACUGCACCCGAAGGCAAAAACGUUGGAUCCCGGGCACCGCGCAUACUGGGUGUUUUCGCGGGCCAAGGAGCACAAUGGCCGGGCAUGGCAAGACAGAUUAUCGGCGAUAUCCCUUUUGUACAGCAGAGAGUGGUGGAACUGGAGGGCCACCUUCAAGAUCUUGCAAGCCAAGAUGCGCCGUCGUGGUCGCUGCGUGACGAACUAGGCAAAGUCCAAGGGUCGAAUCUGGACCUGGCGCAGUUUUCCCAGCCCUUGUGCACGGCGCUCCAGAUUAUCCAGAUAGACCUCCUCGCCGCCGCCGGCAUCAGGUUUUCCGCCGUUGUGGGCCACAGCUCCGGGGAGAUUGCGGCGGCAUAUGCGGCGGGCCUCCUGUCGGCCCGUGACGCAAUGGUCGUGGCGUACUACCGUGGCCUGCACAGCCCUCGGCUGGCGGGUAAAAGUAAGAACAGCAAAGGCGGAUCUAUGAUGGCGGCCGGCAUAAGCUACGCCGAGGCCCUGGCCGUGGUGGGCUUGGAGCAGUUCCAGGGCCGGAUCGCCGUGGCUGCGCACAACUCGCCAGCCAGUGUUACGUUGUCGGGCGACGAGGAUGCCAUCCUGGAAGCCAAGGAACUGCUCACCUCGGACGGCAAAUUUGCGCGGCUGCUGCGGGUCGAUCAGGCAUAUCACUCGCACCACAUGCGGCCCUGUUUAGCUCCCUAUGUGGCGUCCCUGCAAAGGGCGGGCGUUGGUGCAGUGCGACCCAGGCCUCACAGCAACCAGGAGACUAUCUGGUAUUCGUCGGUGCACCGCGAUGGUGCUGGGCAGAGGGUGAUGACGGCGGUGGACUGCGAGUACUGGGCUGCAAACAUGGCGCAGACGGUCCUCUUUGCUGGAGCGGUGGAGUCCGCCGUGACGGCCGACGCAUCGGCAGCAGCGCAGCCAUUCACCACAGCCAUUGGUCUCGGGCCGCAUGGCGCCCUACGGGGACCACUCGAGGACAUCCUGGGGUCCUUGUCCCGCACGCAAGGCGGCAACAGCACUGCGGAGCGCACCCAAAUACCCUAUACCGACGUCCUCACGAGAAACCAGGACGACAGCCUCUGCCUGAUGCGGUGUGUCGGAACGCUGCUGGCCAACGGCGCAAUCAAUAGCGCCGACGUGGGUCGAUUCCAAAGUACAGUUUACCAGCUAGAACAUCUCGGCGGCCGACGGUUGAUACCAGCACGAAACCUACCAAGCUAUCCCUGGGACCACUCCCGGACCUUUUGGCACGAGUCUCGAAGGUCGAGAGCUCUGCGGACGCGAUCAAAGCCAGCACACCCUCUCCUAGGUACCCUCUCCCCCGAUUCCUCCGCAACCGACUUGGCCUGGCAUAACCUCGUACGUUUGGCGGACCUCCCUUGGCUCCGUGGCCACCGUCUACAGGGCCAGGUCGUCUAUCCCGCGGCUGCAUACAUGGCCGGGGCUAUCGAUGCAGCUCUGCAUGUUGCUGGAGAGAUGGGUAGAGAGGUCAGGGCGAUUGAAUUUAGACAUGUUUGGAUUGGCAAAGCCAUCGCUUUUGACGACGAUUCGGCUUCGGGAGGUGUAGAGGUAUACACAACCUUGACCAUCAACGACGACCGGGUCGACGAGAAGGCCGUCCUGGAUGCAAGAUUUCGCGUCAGGUCUAGUGUCUUUGGCAGCGCCUCCACCGAUGCUGCCAUGAACUUCAGCGGCUCCAUGUUGAUUACCAUGCUUGACCCAGGGGGGCAAGCUUGGCCUCUGUUGUUGCCUCAAAAACAGCCCCCGGCGCUGCUCGUUCAGGUGGGACACGAGGGCUUUUACCAAGAGCUGGAUCAAAUCGGCUACCAAUACACCGACUCGUUCAGGACCCUCACAUCGGCAAGACGAAAGCUGGGAUACGCUCAAUCGUCCCUGCAACUCCCUCUGCCCGGCCUGUUGCACCGAUCAGAAAAAGACUUUUUGCUACACCCUGGGCCUUUGGACGCGCUGUUCCAGGCCAUACUCCUCGCAUAUUCAUCUCCAGGCGACGGCCGUCUUUGGUCCCUGCACGUCCCUAUAGCCGUGGACAGGAUGCUUAUCGACGUGGACAAGGUCCGAGCGAGCAAUUCAACCAGCGCCUACUCCAUCAAAGCAACCAUCACCCAAGACCCGAGCUUUUCGGGCCAGCCCCAAAAAGGCAUCGGAGGCGACGUGGGUAUCUUCACGUCGGACGGCAGCGUGGGCCUCGUCCGAGCCGAGGGCGUUCGUCUGGCCCCGCUGGCCAUGGCGGCUGCAGACGACGAUGUCGACAUGUUUCUCGAGCCCGUGGAGGGAGGCAUUUCCACCGAUUGCGCAGCUUCCAUGUUCCUCCCGGACAACAAUACCAUCGCGCGGGCCACGGAGGAGGAGACCAGGCUCGGCUGGCUGCUGGAGCGCAUUGCCCACUUUUACCUCGGGCGUUUGGCAGAAGAGAUCACGCCCGAACAAGAGGCAAAAGCACAGUGGCACCAUCAAAAGCUGAUCAAGUACGCCCGCCGCGUGAGCAGAGAGGUUGCGGCGGGCCGCCAGCCGUACGUCAAGGUCGAGCACGCCCAAGACACGUACGAAAUCAUAACGGAUCUGAUGGACCGACACGCGCAUGUCAUCGACGUGCAGUUGAUGCGCGCCGUCGGAGAGAACCUUGGCGCCGCCGUCAGAGGCGAAACUGUCAUUCUCCAACACAUGAUGCACGACGGCAUGCUGAACAGAUCAUACGAAGAAACCCUCGGCGUCAAGCCCUUUUCCGAAUUCCUCUCCAGGGUCAUUGAGCAAAUCACCUUUGUGCACCCCGAAGCGUCCAUCCUCGAGAUCGGCGCCGGCACCGGCGGCGCCACCAAGCGCAUCCUCAAGCGCAUCCCCGACCGCUUCGGGCACUACACCUUUACCGACAUAUCGUCCGGCUUCUUUGAAAAGGCCAAGUCGGUCUUUUCCAGCUUCGUGGGGAGCGGGCGCAUGAGCUUCCGCGCCCUCGACAUUGAGCGCGACCCCGUCCGGGAGCAAGGGUUCCAGGAGCACUCGUACGACGUGGUGCUGGCCUCGUUUGUGCUGCACGCCACGGCGGACCUCGAGAACACGCUGCGCAACUGCCGGCGCCUCCUCCGGCCCGGCGGCUACCUGGUGCUGCUCGAGAUGACCAGCAACGACACCCUGAGGCUCGGCCUGACCAUGGGCGGGCUGGAGGGUUGGUGGCUCGGCGCCGACACCGGCCGGCCCUGGUCGCCUUGUGUCGGAUUCGACGAGUGGCAUCGCCUGCUCGAGCUCACCGGCUUCACGGGCGUCGAGGACCAGACGCCCCAGCUCGACCUCCUGGCCUGGCCAUAUGGGAUCCUGGUCUCCCGGGCGGUCAACAGUGACGUGCGGAUGCUUCUGGAGCCAUGCAAAGAAGUGCUGUUGACACGGGAUUCGUUGGCCAGGAUGCCCAAUCUGCUCAUCGUGGCUGGGUCAUCAGCAAAGAACGUGGCUCUCGCCGGCGAGCUGCGUGGGAUGCUGCGGCCGUUUUCGGCGUCUCAGAUGGUGGUCAAUGGCGGGUUCGGUGGGUUUGUGCGUGAGCAGACACAACGACGACAGUCUUGUUUGCACGAGGGCGCUCAGGAAAAGGACUUGACGGUGCUUUACCUGGCUGACCUCGACCAGCAACCUUUGCUUCAAGACAUCAGCCAGGAUGCUUUCCAGGGCCUCAAGGAAUUGCUAAGACUAUCCCCCAAGCACCUCCUCUGGCUGACGCACGGGGCUCGCGACGGCCAACGCCCCUACGCGGUCGCCUCGAUCGGCCUGGGCCGAGCACUGAUUAUGGAAUAUCGACAGGUGGCGAUGCAGUUCAUCGACUUUGCCACCGCGUCGCCCGACGCCGGAGAGGUGUCGGAUCAUCUCUUGCGCCUCGUCGUGCAGUCUGCAUUCAAGAAGCAGGGCACGAACCUGCUCCACAGCCAAGAGUCGGAGAUUGCCGUCGACGAGCACGGCCGCGUCCUGGUGUCGCGGAUCCAGCCGCAUCGCCACUUCAACCACGCAUACAAUUCUGCCAGGCGCGUCGUAUCGGAACCCGCCGACCCGUCUGGCGACUACGAGGUUUACGACGAGUGGGACGAGGAUGGCGCAGAGCUCGUGUCCCGAAUCCCCCUCCCGCGGCCGCAGGGCUUGACUCACAGCAGUAGCGUUGGGUAUGCAGCCGCCCGCGGGAUAAAGCCGCUGUACUCGGUUCCUUUGGCGCUUCGACCUGGAGGCCGCACAUGGAAUGUGAGCGCUGGGUUUCCAGUUCCACCCAUUUCGGCCGAGACCAGUGCUCAGAGGAGCGUCCAAAUAAUCCUGUCCGACCGUGUGGGAUCAGUCAUCACUGCGCUUUCCAAGCCCAUGUCUGUUUCUGCAGAGGCCAAUCUCCCGGUCCUUUUGGGCGACAUGGCAGCUCUUAUCCUGGCGUCGCUGAUCACAAGCGAGGUGGAACAUGACUGUCAGCCCAUCAAACACGGCUAUGAACCAAGAUCUCAAGGAGUUUUCCUGGUCUUGGAGCCACAUGUCGCCCUUGCUAGGCUUCUUUUCACCAAGGCCGCGGCGUCAGCUUCAUGGACCAUCACAUGCGUCACCACCUCCCCGGAAAAGGCAGCAUUGGCACCCGAGGAUUUUGCAUUUUUCGACGCCAACGCCAGCCGUCCGGCCAUUAGGCAAGCUCUCCGGCUGUCUGGGUUCGCAAAGGUCUUGGGGAUCGUCAUUUGCUGCGAUCCGGCUGCCAGAAAUUCGGAUGCACAGCCUCUUGCCAGGGCUCUCCGGGGGUCCCUGCCCGAGCUGGCUCGAGUGAGGACGACGCUGGUGGCCGAUCUUGUCCGAGAUGCCCACGUCUCGCGGCCUGUCCCCGAGAUUAAGUCGGGGCCCGCAUCGCAGUCACGCCUGAUUUCGAUUUUCCAUGAUGCCGUGAUCAACGCCCAAAAGAUCACGCCGUCCCGCAGCCACGAGUCAGUGCAUUUCGUUUCGCCGCAGGAAUACGUACAGAGGAGCGCAAAGUCGACCCCCAACGGGCUCUCUGUGAUCGACUGGUCCGCGGCAUGGCGCAGCCCCCUGACAACCACGGCCCGGCCGCUCGAUGGCGUUGAGCCCCUGCUCAGGGGCGACCGAACAUACUUGCUGCUCGGCCUGGGCGGCAAAGGUGGCCUCGGAUCGUCACUGGCGGAAUACAUGGUGGGCCAGGGGGCCAGGCACAUUGUGCUGACCAGCCGCAACCCUGGAGUGCAAUCAGAAUUGGUGGCCAGCUACGCCGGGCGAGGGGUCAGGAUCGAGGGCGUGGCCAACGACAUCACGGACAAGACGGCCCUGGAGAAGCUCGUCAAGGACCUGCAGGAAUCCCCCGACUGGCCGCCCAUUGCGGGCGUCGCCAACGGCGCCAUGGUGCUCGCCGACGUGUCGCUCGACAACAUGACGCACGACCAGAUGGUGCGCGUCCUGCGGCCCAAGGUGGUGGGCAGCACCCUGCUGGACCAGAUUUUCGAGUCGGCGCCGCUCGACUUCUUCAUGCUCGUGUCGUCGCUGUCUUGCGUGCUGGGCAACCGCGGCCAGGCAAACUACGACGCCGCCAACAUGUUCCUCGUCGGGCUGGCCAAGCAGCGCCGGGCACGGGGCCUGGCGGCCAGCGUGGUGGACAUUGGCGCCGUCAUGGGCACGGGCUACAUGGCGCGCGAGGUCAAGGAGCAGACGCUCAGACAGAUGGUCGGUGCCGGCUUCUCCAAGAUGUCGGAGCGGGAUUUCUGCAUGGCGUUUGCCCACGGCAUCCUGGCGGGGCGGCCGGGGCUGGCGUACGGCGGCAGCAGCAGCAGCAGCAGCGAAGUCAUCACGGGCCUCAACGUGCCGCCGCCCACGGCCGAGUUCCAGCCCGACUGGGUCACGAACCCGCGCUUCUCGCACAUGAUAGCCAAGAGCCGGGCCAUCGCCAGCAGGAAGGCGCAGGAUCCCGUGUCGGAAACAAAAGCCGAAAAGACGCGCGACCUGCUCAAGCGCUCCAGGACCCCGGGCGAGCUCUCGCGCGUGGUGUCGGCGGCCAUGUUCAAAAAGAUGGUGUACAUGCUGCAGGUUGGCCAAGAGGUUGCCGGUGACGUGGAUGCCUUUUCGAGGCGGAGCACGUCUAGCUUGGGGGUUGACUCUCUGGUGGCGGUGGAGCUGCGUACCUGGGUCUUUAGAGAGUUUGGAGUGGACAUUCCCGUCUUCAAAAUCCUCGCCGACACAAACCUUGCCGACAUGGUUGGUUUCAUCUUGGCAGCUCUUCCGGCGAAGCUGACGCCUUCUCUUGAAAAGGACUCCAACCGAGGCUCGGUCCCAGGAUCCGCGCUUGAGGAGCCUAAGCAGCAGCAGCAACAACAGCAACAACAGCCUACAAAAGGGUCAGAUUCGCCCUCCUUGGUAGCCGAAAUCACUACCACUACUGCUACUACUACUUCUACUACUACUACUUCUACUACCACUACUUCUACUACUACUACUACUAAUACUACAGAACAAGACAGAAUUGGCCAAAGCUCGUCAAGGACCGGAUCGUCGUCGUCUGAGCAGUCCCCUGCAUCAGCCCCGUUUGAAAAGACGGUUGCCAUGUCAUACGGCCAGUCGCGGUUCUGGCUCAUGAACAAUCUCGGCCCAACCCCCACGGUCUGCAACGUCGUCAACGACAUGGAAAUCAAAGCCGAGCUGGAUACUGCCGCCCUCGCUCGUGCCGUUCAAUCGUUGGGGAUGAGGCACGAGGCGUUGCGCACAGCGUUUGUGAGCACGGGCCGGGAUUCGGAUCUUCCUCACCAGGUCGUCCUGAUGCAGAGUCCGCUGCAGCUCGAGACCAGGGAGGUGCAGAGCCUGGACGAGGUCGACAGGCUGUAUCAUGAGCUGCACCACGCACAGUUCAACCUCGAGACGGGAGAGUUGGUCAAGAUGGUCCUGGCGUCCCUUCCCUCGGGACAAGUCCAUCAUCUCCUCAUUGGGUACCAUCACAUAAACAUGGAUUCUUUCAGCAUGGCCAUCUUGAUGAGCGAGCUGCUUCAGCUGUACGCCGGGACUGUUCUUGAACCUCGUACUCUCCAGCAGUCAGACCUGGCCCUUUACGAGCAGGAUCAGCUGCGGAGUGGAAAGUGGGCCAGGGAGUUGGCCUUUUGGAGACGUUUAUCUGCCGAAAACCCAACCUUGCACGAGCCUCUGCCCAUCCUCCACCUGUCGCCGUCCAGCACGACCCGAGCUCGGCCGGAUCGCAUUGCAUACAGAGCACAAGUCCGAUCAAGACGCAUUUCGGCAGCCACCGCUCAGCGCCUGCGGUCCCUCUGCCGUCAUGUCGGCGUGACGCCGUUCCACGUCUACACCACGGUGCUGCAGGUUCUGAUUACGAGACUCGCCCAAGUCCAGCGCGUCACCGUGGGCAUGGCCGACGGCAACCGCGGCAGCCUGCAUCUCCCCGGCGCAGACGGAGCAGUCGGCAACUUUCUCAACAUGGUGCCGCUGUUUCUCGGUUCCCCGCCAAGGGACCACACCAUCUACAUGCUUCUUUGCCAAACCCGCGACGUGGUCCUCGAGGCUAUAAGCAACGCAUCCGUGCCCAUCGAGCUCAUCACGGAGCAGACCGGCGCACCAAAGAACCCCAGCUGCAGCCCCUUGUUCCAGGUGUUUAUCGACUACAAGAGGGUCACGGAGACGCUGCCGCUCCCCGAGGGCAAGGGGACGGUGCAGGGCUCGAGGUAUCUGCUCAGCAAGACGCCCUACGACAUCAUGCUCGACGUCAUCGACACGCCGGCGGGAGAUGCCUUGCUGCAACUCCACGCCCAGGAUGGACUCUACACGUCGGAAGAGUCGGCGAGGCUCUUGGACCUGUACUCGACACUGCUCGACUCGUUUUCCCAGGCCAACAGCAAGACUGCUGUUGGAGAUGCACGAAUGGUGACUGCUGAUCAAGCCGAAGCUGCGUUGAGAUUGGGCCGAGGUCAAAUCUUGCAUCUGAAGCACCAAUCAAUUCUGCCCUCGCUUGAUCUGGCAGCCCAAUCUCUGCAGGAUACCGUCGCACUUGGCGACAUGAGCAAAAGCUCGCUUUCGUGGGCAGACAUGACACGUAAAUCGAUUGCCCUCUGCCGAGAGCUUCGCCGGCUUGGCGUCAGCCCCGGAGCAAGGGUAGGGAUGUUCCAGGAGCCGACGGUGGACUGGGUCGUCACCAUGCUGGGGGUCUGGCGCGCCGGAGCGUCAUAUGUGCCGUUGGACCUCGCGCAGGGGCUGCCGCGGCUGGCUCGGAUCGCAAAGGCCUCCAAGCUGGCUGCACUGGUGGUGCACUCCGAAACGGCUGCGCUUGUCGCCAGGCUGGGACGUGAUCCCAAUGACGGCGUCGUCGACAUCUCGACGCUGCACCAUUUUCCGUUGUUGGGGGCCGCUGCGCUUCCCGACGUGUCCGGCCUCGACAUCGAAAGCAGCGACGAGGCCAUGCUGCUGUAUACCAGCGGCACAACGGGCGAGCCCAAGGGUAUAUCCAUCCCUCAUCGCAUCGUUGUGAACGGGAUCGAGGGCAUGAUUCAAAGGUGGCCGGAACUCAAGUCUAAACCUCUUACAGUCCUCCAGCACUGCUCCCUCGGCUUCGACGUCUCUUGGUUCACCGUACUGCUCGGCCUCGCCUGCAAGGGCCAGGCAGUCAUCGCUUCCCGCGACGUACGGGGUGACCCGAGGGCCCUGGCGCGCAUCAUCGUCCAGAAUGGCAUCAACUGCACGGUCGCAACCCCCAGCGAGACCAUGGCCUGGCUGCAAGGCGACCAUCUCGGCGAGCUCGCCUCCUCCGACUGGGGCUGGCACGUGGCCGUCGGUGAACCCAUCCCCGCCGCCUUUCUCCGACAGGUUCACCAACACGGAAAGCCAUCCCUGAGAGUCAUCAACGCCUACGGACCUUCCGAGACCUGGAUGCCGCUGUCGCAUGAGAUCCCGCUUGGGCAGGCCAGGACGAUGGAGGAUGUGGAGCGGCUCUGGCCUGUGCCGAUUGGGAGCACGAUGCCCAAUUACGCCGUCCGCGUGGAGGACGUAAACGGCCACGUGCUUCCACCUGGCAUGCCGGGACAGGUUGUGAUUGGGGGGUGCGGCGUCGCGCUGGGCUAUGUCAGUUCGGAGCCGACAGUCACAGACCCACGAUUUCUCCCCGACUCGCACCCCGCAGAGGUGCACCUGGCCCGGGGCUGGGACAAGGUCCACCCGAGCGGCGACUACGGCUACAUGACGGAAGAGGGGCUCUUUUUUUCGCUGGGCCGCAUCUCGGGGGACACGCAGAUCAAACUGCGCGGCAUGAGGUUGGACCUUCGUCAUGUGGAGGCGGCCAUGAUGGACAUGGAGAUGGCACAAGGUUUUGUCGUCGACGUCGUCGUGGGCGUCCGGAGCACAGAUGGCCAGCCACUUGCCGCAGGUUCGCUCGCCGACGAUUCCACCUCCAAGGUCCUCGUCGCCCACGCCGUCACCGAUGCAUCCACCGCGACCACUGACACUGAUGAGCGGCUGCGGUCUAUCGCGGAGAAUCUUCCCCUGCCCGACUACAUGCGCCCAGCCGUCGUCGUUCCCGUCGACUCCAUCCCGCUUACCCCCAACGGCAAACAGGACCGUGCAGCCAUAGCCUUGUGGCCGGUGCAGCUGGGCUCCAUGAAGGUGCACGAGUCAAAUGCUGCCGAGUGGGAGUCGUCGUCGCCACAGGCGGCACAUGUCUCCAAUGGUGACAAGCAGCCACUCGAGCUGAUGAGCAGGAUAUGGCGGGAAGCCUUGGGCUUGUCUCCCACGGGCUCCGAACAGCCCGGACCCAUGGAACCCGACGACGAUUUCUUCCAGAUGGGCGGCAACUCGAUCCUCCUGACCCGCGUGCAGAGGAGCAUCAGGCUGGAGCACGGGGUCGACCUUCCUCUUCGCGAGCUUUUCCACAACACUACACUGGCGCAAAUGUCCCAGUUGCUGCUCGAUCAAGACGGGAACGGCCUGUCCGGGGACCGAAUCGAUUGGGAAGCCGAGACCCAACCGCUGCCCGAGCUUGACCUCGCGCUUCAUGUGACAAAAGUGUCCCCUGCCGACAGCGUCCCAGGGAUCGGCACCCAGCAGGGAGGCGUGGUGGUGGCGCUGACGGGUGCGGCGGGGUUUCUCGGCCGGCACCUGGUCCAAAACCUGAUACAGCACCCCGCCGUCGCAGCGAUACACUGCAUAGCCGUGCGCAGUCGCCCCGAGAGGCUAGCCGCGCACCAAGAAGCCGCCCGCGCCGCCGGCAAGAAUCUCAUCAUCCACCCGGGCGAUCUCUCCCAGCCGCAUCUCGGCAUCGCCGACCCCGCCAUGGCCAGGGCCGUAUUCUCCACCGCCGACGUCAUCAUCCACAACGCCGCCGACACCUCCUUUCUCAAAUCCUACACCACCCUGCGCGCCGCCAACCUCGACGCCCUAAAGACCCUCACGCGCCUAUCCCUGAUCCACCGCACCAUCGCCCCGCCGCAGCACUCCCCGCGCCGCCGGCCCGCGCACAUGCACCUCGUGUCCACGGCCGGCGUGGCGACCUUUGCCGGCCGCGACCUGCGCGAGGAGCCGCUGGGCCGCCACCCGCCGCCGCACGUCGACGAGGGCUACCUGCUGACCAAGUGGGCGGGCGAGCUGUUCCUGGAGCGCGUGGCCGCGGCGUCCGAGGGGCUGCUGGCGGCCACGGUGCACCGCACCGCGGCGCUGGUCGGGCCCGGAGCGCCCGAGCUCGACAUUGUGUCCAGCGUGGUCAGGUACUCGCUCGCGGUGGGCGCGGUGCCGACGCUCGAGGGCUACGGGGGCCGCAUACAGUUUGUGCCGGUCGAGGAGGUCGCGCGGGCCAUGGUCGACGCGUCUCUCGGUGCCGAGGCUGCUGCGGGCGGCAUUCGGUACCGGAACCACUGCAGUGCCGACGCCCAUCUGACUGUCGAUUUGAGCGACCUGGGGACCUACUGCAAGCGGAGCCUGGGCCAGACCGGGUCCUUGCCUGUCCUUGGGGAUGACGAAUGGAUUGAAAAGGCCGAGGCUGCAGGGUUUCCACCCCUGCUGGGGACCUAUCUCAGGGCGGACACGCUUGGUGGCAAGAGAAAGACUUUUAGGUUGCUACUCAGAGCCCAGGAGGGGACAGGAAAGACACGUAUUUAA